AUGGGUGGCUGGGGUGCUGACGAUGGAGCGGCUGGAUGGGAGAAUGCUGGUGAUAUUGCUGUGGAAGCGAUGGUCAUUUCGCACGUAACUGCCCUGAGCCCCGCAAGGGUAUGGCCUGCUUCAACUGCGGUGAGGAAGGGCACUUGUCGCGUCUGCAACCAGGAAGGUCAUCCUGCUUCUCAGUGCCCUGAGAGACCUCCCGAUGUGUGUAAGAACUGCAAAAUGGAAGGUCAUAGAACCAUUGACUGCAAGGAGAACCGCAAGUUCGACCUGAACAACGUACCGGACAAGCUUCCAGAGGAGGCCUGGGCAGCCAUGCAGAAGGCCAGUGAGGAGAAGGAUCUUGAGGAUUUUCGCGAAGUAUGUUUCUCUUCGACAUUCCUAAUUCGUUUCAUUUGUUACAGGAACUCACAGAAAAAAAGGCUUUGA